AUGAGAUUUCUGGGUAUCUCUCAGCUCAGUUUGAGGAGACUCAAUGCCGUAUUCUCUGCAGGCAUCGUCAGAGGCACCACAAGCUCAGCCGCUAUGAGACUCGUCCAGUUCCAUAGAGGAGGCGAGGGGGGCGUCAGAGUCGGGGUGGAGCAGGCAGAAGGUCAGGGGGUCAUUGAUCUGAAAGCCUUCGACCCCUCCAUGCCUUCCACUAUGAGACAGUUCCUUGAAAUGGGGCAAAAGGGAAUGGACUGUGCUAAGAGGGCUUUGUCCAGUGGUCAGCAUGUGGUGGAGCGGUCAGAUAUCAGGCUGCUGUCCCCAGUGACCGGCCCAGAGAAGGUGGUGUGUGUUGGUAUGAAUUAUAAAGACCACUGCCUAGAGCAAAAUGCCCCCAUUCCUGAAGAGCCCAUCAUAUUCAGCAAUGACUCUCCAUACUACAGGAUAACUACUCUCUAUGAGACUGACUCUUUGGAUUGGGAGGUGGAACUUGCCUUUGUGAUUGGACGGAAAGGGAAGCACAUUAAGGAAGAGGAGGCCCUUUCCUAUGUUGCAGGUUUCACUGUAGCAAACGACGUGAGUGCUCAUGAUUGGCAGAUGAAGCGCAAUGGAAAGCAGUGGUUGCUGGGAAAAACUUUUGACACGUUUGGUCCACUCGGGCCAGCACUGGUUACCACUGCAGCACUCAAAGAUGUUCACAACCUGGGUAUCCGCUGUCUGGUGAAUGGGGCCGCAGAUCAAGACAGUAGCACCAAUCAAAUGAUCUUUCGAACCGAGAAGCUGAUUGCCUGGGUUUCACAGUUUGUGACUCUUUGUCCUGGUGAUGUGUUUUUGACUGGAACGCCUCCAGCUGUGGGGGUGUUCAGAAAUCCACCUGUGUAUCUAAAGAGGGGAGAUGUUGUGGAGUGUCAGAUUGACGAGAUCGGGUCGAUACGGAACACAGUCGUGUAACAGGAAGAUCCUACAUUGAAGUGCCACUACUGCAUUUAUAAUUAUUUCAUACUGACGUCAUAAAACAUGGAUUCUUUUUUAACUGAAGAAAAUAAAAUAAACAUUAUGCU